CACCAUAUGGUUUUAUAUAAAGGACACUCCCCUUUUUGUUAUUAAUUUGUAGGGAGAGAGACAGAGGAGGGAGAAGCUGGGAGAGAGUCAGCAGGGCGGAUUAGAAGCGGAGUGACCCGGAAGCCCCGGUAUUCAGGGAGAAGGGAAGAAAAGAGGAACCCGUUAACAGCCAUGUACAACCAAGGCCCUCCACCACAGACUGGCUAUCCAGGCCCUGGGCCUAUUGGCUUUCCUACCUAUCAACAACCCACUGGAUUUCCUAAUCAACCUCAUCCUGGUGUGUCUCAAUGGGCACAACAGAUUCCAGCAUUACCAACAAAUUGUCCACCUGGACUAGAAUACCUAACUCAGAUAGACCAAUUACUGAUCAAACAGCAAGUUGAACUUCUGGAAGCACUCAUAGGUUUUGAAACCAACAACAAAUAUGAAAUUGCCAAUAGCUUUGGGCAAAGAGUUUACUUUGCAGUGGAGGAAAAUGAUUGCUGUACUAGGAACUGUUUUGGAAACUUAAGACCCUUUAUUCUAAAGAUUCUGGAUAAUUCAGGCCGGGAAGUGAUAACCUUUGACAGACCUUUGAGAUGUGGCUCCUGUUGUUGCCCCUGCUGCCUCCAGAAGUUGGAAAUACAAUCUCCUCCUGGUGUACCAAUAGGUUACAUUGUCCAAGAUUGGCACCCUUUUCUGCCAAAGUUUACAGUUCUAAAUGAGCACCAUAAGGAGGUGCUGAAAAUCAUCGGUCCAUGUAUUACUUGCAGUUGUUUCACAGACGUUGACUUUGAGAUAAAAUCUCUUAAUGAAGAGACUACAGUUGGAAAAAUUACAAAACACUGGACAGGACUUUUUAAAGAAAUGUUAACGGAUGCUGAUAAUUUUGCAGUUCAGUUCCCAUUAGACCUUGAUGUGAAAAUGAAGGCUGUGAUGUUGGGUGCUUGCUUUCUCAUUGACUUCAUGUUUUUUGAAAGAACUGGGGACAACUAGGUGGCGCAGUGGAUAAAGCACCAGUCCUGGAUUCAGAAGGGCCUAAGUUCAAAUAUGGCUUCAGAUACUUGACACUUUUUAGUUGUGUGGCCCUGGGCAAGUCACUUACCUCUCAUUGCCUUGUCCAAAAAGAAAGAAAGAAAGAACUGACCACUCAUUCUGCAAGAGAAGGAAUGUGGCACUAAUUGGGUGGAUUUCUCCCUGGUUUCAUCUAAAUAAAUUUUAUUGGGAUAUCUGAAUUGGAAAUAUAGUGGGACUUUUAAAAUCUAGCUUAAAAAAGGUGUAUUGAUAAUUGUGGGAUCAGAACAAUAAUAACAAUGCAACUUUAUGCUAUUUUAAAAAAAUUAUGGAAUAUGUGCUUCCUCAAUUUCCUCAUCUAUAAAGUAAGGGAAUUGGGUUAAAUUACCAUUAAGGUCGUUCCAGCUAUAGAUUUAUGAUCCCUUGAUCACAUCAAUGACUUAACAAAAGUCUAAUAUGUCAAAUCUGUUUUGAUUGUAGAAUGCUUGUUUUGAGCAGAGUAUGCAAGUAAUCUUUGACAUUUAGAUAAAAGUGGCUACUAUAUAAAAUGACUCUGGCUACAUUGUAUUUUUUCUAUAGAAAAUAUUUUUAAUUUUUCUCAGUUUAACUUAUAGCUGGCUAUUACACAUAGAUGUAAGUCCUUUUUCAACCUGUAAUGUGGUUUGAAAAUAUACCUACAUAAUCAGCCUCAGACACUUAACACUUACUAGCUGUGUGACCCUGGGCAAGUCACUUAACUCCAAUUGCCUCACACCAAUAAAGAAAAAGAAAGAAAAUAUACCUAUAUAAAAUAAGAAAGUGAUAUUUACUGACAGAUACAGAAAAAAAAAUAUUUAAUCAUCUGAUGCCUGAUAUAACUGUAUCUAAUGAAAGAAACUUAGCUGUUGUGACUGUAGUACUCUUUUCCAAAAGAAAAGCUUAAUAAAUCACUUUAUUUUUGUGUAUUUUAUUAGAGAAAGAUGAUUAUUUUUCUUGUUUAUAUAACUAAUUCUGGGGAGCUCCUUGAGGAAAAGUGACAGACUUUUACCUCUUUCCAUAUCCCCAGCACUUAACACAUAUCUUAGCACAUAGUAAGUACUUAAUAAAUGUUUGUUGACUAAAAAAACAACAAACAACCUCUGCAACUAGCUGGUGGGGAAGAAAGGGUGUGGUUUAAUCUGCUAGUUUUUCUCAACUGAGGUAAUUUUUUAGGUGUUCAUUUCCUUGUUCCUCCUGAAAUUGUCAUGCCAUUCACAAGUAUUUAUUUGCAUGUUCAUUUACUUCUAUCUCUUUGUUCAAUUCCAGUUCAUUUCCUCUUGUGUGAAUUAAAGUGUAAAGAUUUUCUUAUAUUAAAUAAACUCA